GAUGGGAGAAUUCUGGUUCAGAAAGUAGCUAUGCUCCAAUUUAAUUGCAGAUUAGUUAAUAAUUUUCCACUCGAGGACAAUCUUUCUUUUCCUUUCUUUACUAUAUCUUUAACAGAUACAGACAUAUUACUACUGAUAUGGGAUCAAACAACACGUCAUUUGUUUGGCUCUCUUUGAGGGUUCAAUUAUUAUAUGGAUACAAAACACCUUCUUAUUAAUUACUACUACUAUUUUUUAAUUAUUUGUUUCCGGUGAUUAGCUAGCCUAUUAAAUCAACUAAAAAACUCCAGAGGGUUGAAAUAAGAAUUUUCUAGAGUAAAGAUAGAAGGGGUGUAUAUUCAUUAAUAAUCCUGAUGGCUACACAAAUUGAAAACAGCAAUGAACUCGAGUACGAGAAAAUUGCUUGGGGAACUUCUUUGCCAGUGCCUAGUGUUCAAGAACUAGUGAGAAACGAUACUAAAGAAGUUCCCCCUAGAUAUGUACAGAACAAUGACAACAGACCAGUCAUAAUAUUUGAACCAUCUCAAGAAUCAGCUGAAAUCCCAAUCAUCAAUUUUUCACUGCUUGCUGAUGGAGACGAAGAUGAACGAACUAAAUUGCACUUGGCAUGCAAAGAAUGGGGUUUCUUCCAGAUAUUAAACCAUGGGAUAACCGAAGAGGUGAUACAAAAAGUGAAGACAGCUGUAUCUGGAUUUUUUGAACUUCCAUUGACUGAAAAAAAGAAAUAUGCUAUGGAAGAAGAUGAUCUGCAUGGAUAUGGUCAAGCUUUUGUACACUCUGAAGAGCAGAUAUUAGAAUGGUCUGACAUAAUGUUUCUCAUUAUAUAUCCACUCAAAUCAAGGAAAACCGUCGUCUGGCCAGAAUUACCAGGUUUCAAGGAAGCAGUUGAGGAGUACUCGAAAAAUGUGGAAAGGGUACGCGAUGAGAUCUUAGGAAAUAUGUCAUUAUUGUUGGGACUUGAGAGAGAUCGCCUAAAAGAGAUGCAUGGGGAAAUGAAACAUGCGGUGCGAAUGAACUACUAUCCACCAUGUCCAAAUCCUGAUCUUGUUCUUGGAAUUGGACCACAUUCGGAUGCAACAUCCAUCACUUUACUCCUGCAAGAUGAUGAUGUGACUGGACUCCAAAUCAACCACAAACAAAAAUGGCUCCCUGUUAACCCGAUUCCUAAUGCCAUACUUGUUAACGUUGGUGAUUGCCUUGAGAUUUGGAGCAAUGGAAUGUACAAGAGCAUCGAGCAUAGGGCUGUGACUAACAAGGAAAAAGUGAGAAUAUCUGUUGCCACCACUGUGUUUCCAGCUGACACGACAGAAUUGGAGCCAGUUGAGACAAUGAUCAGUGAGCAGCAUCUAAGCAUGUAUAAAAGGGUUAAGUUUCUUGAUUUGAUCAAACAUGGUAUGGCCAAAACGAUGGAUGGCAAAAUAUUCAUUGAGUAUGCCAAAGAAGAGGACAAUCAAAGGCCAUGAGGUCAGCUACUAGCUAGUUGUAUUAACAACAAUUAUUACUGUAUAAUAAUAUUGUCCCAAACUUUAUAUUGCAGGGACAUGCAUUAAUUAUGUGAUAAGAUUGUACGUGAGAUAAUAGUAAUAAUCGCUACGUGGGUAUUUAUAUAUUGCAUGUUAGUGAUAAUGAAGAGUGGAACCGUUAUGAUGUAUUACAAUGUUAAUGCCUCUCUUCCUUUUUUUGUUCCCUCUUUGUUGAAAUCAGUCAAAUGAUAAAAUAAUGUUGGAAUAA